AUGAAUUGGGUCAUCAUUGAGGAUUUGCGAGUGGCUGAGGCUGGAUUUGUGCGGUGACCGGCGUCGGCGUAGAAGCUGCAAGAAAAACUACGAUGUUCCGCGUUUACAGGGUGAUUUUUGAGUGAUUUUGGAGAAAACUACGAUGCUCCGCGUUUACAGGGUGAUUUUUAGCUUUAAUUCUUUAAAAAUCCAAGUUUUGAAUAAGAAAUUGCACCUUUUUGGGUGGUUUACUAAGCCUAAGCCUAAUGAAAAUGUUCCAAAUUCCAAAAAUGCACAUUUUCAGCCUAAUUUCCAAAAAUCUGUCACUUAUAAUUUGCUAAAAAAUUUGUAAUUUCAAAAAAAACGGCUAAAAAAUCCCGAAAAUCCACCUUUCUAGGGGGUUUACUAAGCCUAAGCCUAAAUAUCUGUAAAUAUUUAGCUUUUUUCAAUUUUUCCACAACUUUUCCAGCUUUUCUCGAAUUUUCCCAAAAUCUAAGCUCCGCCUUUUUUUCGCACCUUGACUUUGGCGGCGCCUUUGAUGCAAAAAAUUUCGGGUUUUGAUCUGAUUUUAGUCUCGUUGAAAUCAGGAGAAUGCGAGGAAUCGAUUGCACUAUAUAUCGGCUGAUUUGGUUGAGUUUGAAGGGUAGAAGUGGGGGUCCGAAGUUAUAGGUUCCUUUUCAAAGGCGGUAGGGUUGUAAAAGUCGGUGAGAGUGGCAUCGUAAAAAGAAGGUGUGAAAAUAGAUGAGAGAGUGUGUAGAAUAGAGAGACGCAGAGAUAGAGAGAGUGGAAUAUGGGAAAGGGGGAAGGACUGUGUGAGUGGAAUGAAAAAGAGAGAGAGAGAGAGAGACGCAGACAGACAUAGAAAAAGGAGAAGGGGGAAUAUGGUGAGAGUGGGGUGGUUGUAAAUGACAGGUGUUAGGAGGAGAAUAUAGUUCCGAUUUUCUAUUUAACUUCUUUUUAUUUUUUAUUUAUUUAUUUUGUUGUAGGAUUUGUGUUGAAGUUCUUAAAGAUUUUGAAAUAAUAUUAGAAUUUUUGAAAAAUUCACAAAAUUUCUGAUUUUUUGGUAUAUUUUUCAUAAAAUUUGGAAAAUUUUGAAAAUUUGCCAAAUACAGUACCCUUUGCAGUCUGGCUACAGUAUACCUUGCAGUUCGGGAGCUACAGUAACCCUCGGGCUACCGUAAUCCUUGCAGUCUGGGAAUUACAGUAUCCCCUAGACUACAGUACACAUUGCAGUCCAAAAUAGCCUCGAGCUACCGUAACCCUAAUGUUACAGUAUCCUUUGUAGUCUGGGGCUGUCAACUACAGUAUCCCUUGCAGUCUGGGGUUGUCAACUACAGUAUUCCUUUGAGUUUGAGGUACAGUAAUCCUUGCAGCCCAGACUCUACAGUAAGCCUGAGGAUACAGUAAACUUGUAGAUACAGUAAUCCUUGUAGUUUGAAAUAGCCCCAGGCUACCGUAAUCCUUGUAGUUUUGAGGUACAGUAACCCUGUGGCUACCGUAAUCCUUACAGUCUCAAAUCUGAAAGUUAAAAAAUCACAAGUUUGUUGUCAAAAUAUCCGAUCCUCCUAACACAUUCCCCCUUCCGAGAAAUAGUAUAUAAAAAUGAGAGAGACAUACACCAUAAAACAGUCUUUUGACACGUUGGCUCAAAAAACGAGAUAGUAUGUGAAAAUAGGAGAGUAUGGUUGUAAACUGUCAUCUCUCGACUUGAUAUUUUACCUAAUUUUUGAGAAAAAACAAAAAAAUAAAAAUAAAAGUUCGCAUGUUGAAUUGAACUUGUCACCUUGUGAUUCGAAAACCGUACGCUUACCACUGAACUAUUUGUCUGUAUAUGAGCAGACCACAAAAUGUCUAAUAAAUAAUUUUGAACAAGCAGACCAUAUGGUCUGCUGCAUGCCAGUGUUAAAAUAAAAAACAGCAGACCAUAUGGUCUGCUGCAAAUUAAAAGCUGAUUUGCUUUUAAAUUGUUUUUUUCUUUUUUUCAAUCAUUUUUAUAUGUAAAUCGUUAUAUUUUCAAAUUUGUUCUGUUGAUUUUCAUAAUUCACAACUAGGUCAAAGGUUGUAAAACACUUUUCAAUAUGACAAGUUCACGUGACUACCUGCCAUGUCAUAAAUCGGUUGUAAAUCUAAAUAACCAAUGUGUCUGUCUUGUUGUUUUUAUCUAUUUUCUUUUCAAAAUAUGACAAUCUGUCGGUUGUAAAUCAAGUUUGACCCUGUUCCAACAUCAUCCUAUUUUUGCACAAACCAUUUGAUUUACAACCUACUUGUCAUCCGGUUUUUGAUAGGUCAACUCUUAUUCAACACUUUUUAUUUACUUCAACUUUUAUUAAUUCAAUUUCUUUAUCUUUUCCUUUUCAAAACCCUCGUUUUAAUGCAAAAAUUGCAAACAAAAAUAAAUAUUUUCAAACACCCACGUUUUUCCAGUCCGCAAUUGUGCGUCAUAUCACGUGUGUCGCCUGCCUGCCAACAAUUAUUUUUUCAUUUUCGUUUUUUAUGCGCCGCCCAACUCGUAAAUGGUGCCAAAUUGUGGCGAUUUCGAUGAAAUCCGGUCAGUUUUUUAGGGUUUUCAUGAAGUUUGAGUGAAAUUUCACUAGAUUUUAUUGAUUUUUCAUGAAAAUAUCGAUUUUUUCAGGUUAUUUCCAUCAAAAAUCAAUUUUUUGAUGGAAAAUCAACAAUUCGAUGGUGAAAGGAGCAAUUUGAUGUGAAUAAAAGUAAGUUGAGAUUAUUUGAAAAUAGAAUAUUGAAUUCCAAUGAAAGUUAUUGAUUUUUCCAGGUUUUUCCACCAAAAAUCGAUUUUUUGGUGGAAAUCGAUGAUUUCUGGAUAUUCGACUUGAAUUCCAAUUAUACAAGUAAGUUGAAAUAAAAACAAAAAUAGGAAGAAGAAGAAAAGUGAGAGAUGACCUAGGUCAAUAACUUCCCAAAAACCCGACUUGUCACAUGUCAAUUUUUGAUAGUUAGGUCAUCUCUCUAAGCCACGCCCCCUUUUCCCCCAUCCCCCAUUUUCUAGUCAUUCUAUUCAUAUUUACCUUUUCACUAUUCACUUUUCUAUUUAUUUUUUUGCAGUUCAAUCAAUUGCAUCAACAUAAUUGGGACAAAUAUGCAAAUGUAAGUUCAUUUUUCGAAAUUUUUAUUUAAAAUUUAGAAGAAACAUGAACUUUUGCAGAUUUCGGUGGACAAAACAACAAUUGGACACGGGAUUUUGAGGGAAAUGUAAGUAUUUUGGGGUGGUUUAGGGGAAAAAUCAAAAAAUAUGGAGAAAAUCUGAAAGUUUCAGCUUUUCCUGAACCCAAAACCUUGAAAUUUGAAAAUUCAAGGUUUUGGGGGGAGGGAAAAGCUGGAAUUUCAGCUUAAAACCUACAAUUUUAAAGGAAACACCCUAGAACCUAAUCUCAGAUUUCAGGCCUGAAGCCUGAGAAAUCUCAGAUUUCAAGCCUGAAAUUUUGAGAAAAAGCUCAGAUUUCAAGCCUGGAAUUUGAGAAAAAUCUCAAAUUUCAGGCCUGAAGCCUGAAAAUUCUAAAAGAAACCCCAAAUUUCUAGAAAAAUCCAAAUUUUCGACCAAAUUUCGAGAAAAAAUUUAGAAAAAUCUAAAUUUUUGGGCCCGAAUUUGGCCUGAAGCCUGAAAAACCUCAAAUUUCAAGUUUAAAACCUGAGAAAUCUCAGAUUUAAGGCCUGAAAUUAAAAUUUUAGUAGAAACAUGAAUUUUUGCAGAUUUCGGUGGACAAAACAACAAUUGGAUGAGUUGGACACGGGAUUUGGAGUGAAAUGUAAGUAUUUUGGGGUGGUUUAGGGCAAAAAUCAAAAAAUAUGGAGAAAAUCUGAAAGUUUCAGCUUUUCCUGAACCCAAAUCCUUGAAAUUUGAAAAUUCAAGGUUUUGGAGGAGGGAAAAGCUGAAAUUUCAGCUAAAAACCUAAAAUUUUGAAGAAAACACCAUAGAACCUAGGUUUCAAGGCUGAAAUUUGAGAAAAAUCUCAAAUUUCAGGCCUGAAGCCUGAGAAAUCUUAAAUUUGAGAAAAAGCUCAGAUUUCAGGCCUGAAGCCUGAGAAAUCUCAGAUUUCGAGGUUGAAGCCUGAAAAUUCUGGAAAAACCCCAAAUUUCGACAAAAAUCUAAAUUUUCUACCAAAUUUCGAGAAAAAUCUAAAUUUUCAACCAAAUUUCGAGAAAAAUCUAAAUUUUCUACCAAAUUUCGAGAAAAAUCUAAAUUUCUGGGCCCGAAUUAGGCCUGAAGCCCGAAAAACCUCAGAUUGUAAGCCUAAGCCCAAAUUUCAAGUAAAAAGCCCAAAUUUCAAGUAAAAGCCCAAAUUUCAAGUGAAAAGCCCAAGAUUCAAGUAAAAAGCCCAAAUUUCAAGUGAAAAGCUCACAAUUCAAGUAAAAAGCCCAAACUUUAAGAAACAUUCAAAUUUCUAGGCCGUGAGCCCAAAUUUUGAGAAAAUCCGAAAUGUUCAGGCCCGAAGCCUGAAAUUUCUGAAAAAAAACCCCAAAUUUCUAGAAAAAUGUGAAUUUUCGACCAAAUUUCGAGAAAAAUCUGAAUUUCUGGUCCGAAUCGGGCCAAAUUUCGAUAAAAAGCCCAAAAAUUCUUAAAAUUUAGGAAUUCAGCUAAAUUUUCAAAAAUAAUUUUAAAACUCCCAAAAUUUUUCAAAUUUCAACUUUUUUUUCAGAAAUUGGCAGUUUUCGAAGAAAAACAACAAAAAUGGACAAAUCGAGGAUUAAAAGGUCAGUUUUUUGAAAUUUUCUUAAAAAAUACCAAGCUCGCGGAAUUUUCCGCGUGUUGUCCGCGCGGCAUUUCAAGUUAAGAAAAGUUUCCUGAUUUUAAGGCUUAGGCUUAGUUAGUUACCACAAAAAACUGCGAAAUUCUGAGAAAUUUGCGAUUUUGCGUUGAAAAUUACCAGAUUUUCCGCGAGCUUUCCGCGCGGAAAGCUGUUCUCCGGUAAAACAUUAUUUUUCCUGAUAUUUAGGCUUAGGCUUAGUUAUCGCCUAGAGAAAACUGCAAAAUUUAUAAGAAAUUCGCGUGAACCGUGCUGCAGAAUUUCAAUUUUUGGGAUUUUCCGCGUUCGUUCCGCGCGGAAACCGGAUUUUUGAGAAAACUUGAGUAAUUCCUAAUUUUUAGGCUUAGGCUUAGUUAACGCAUAGAAAAAACAUCAAAAAUUUGAGAAAUUUGCGAUUUUGCGCGAGAAAUUACCCGAUUUUCCGCGUCCUUUCCGCGCGGACACUUUAUUUUAGCUGAUGUUCCUGUUUUUUCGAUUUUGUGCAAAAAAAAUGUAUUUUUUCAGAUUUGCUGAGUCGCCAACACACAAAAAUCGACGGAAUCCUUGAUUUUUGUAAAUGUUGAAUUUUUGUAAUAAAUUGUUUUUUUUUCAGUCUGAGUACUGUAGUCAAUUUAGAUUUUUUGCAGUUCGGAUUACUGUAAAUCCAAAUUUCGGAUUUCUAGGCCAUGGGGUUCUGUUUUUCUCUGAAUCCCUAGGAAAUGGCCUAGAAAACCAAAACCAUUUUGUUUUUGGAUUUCUAGGCCAUUUUCUAAAGUGUCUCAAUUAUAUUUGCAAAUGCCACGUGUCAACGCGGAGUGUCGUAGUUUUUCAUAUAUUUUUCUUGGAACCGAAAUUGCCACGUCAUAUAGCUCCACAAAUUUCUUUCAAAACUACGACACUCCGCUUUUACACUAUGAGAUUGACUAGAUUAGCUAUGACGUGGCAGACUCGGCGUUCUUACGACACUCCACCUUGACACCCGUCAAAUUGUUUCCAGCAAUUGGUUUGUGCCGAUCAGUGUGUUCUACAUGUGCACAGGUUUGGCGAUUUCCACAAUUGCACUUGACAUCGGAUCAAUCUACGUGCGAAAAUUGCACUUCAUCGGAAAAAAGAUCAAGAAUAUUGCGAAUAUUCGAAUUUGGUUUGGCGCCAGGAAGUGAGUUGUUUUUUGGCGGGUGUAAACGCGGAGAAUCGUAGUUUCUUCUUCUUUACACUUUGAAACGUAAAAAAUCCCUGAUCCUCCAGCUAGGAUUUCAAAUAAACAACGAUGCUCCGCGUUUACACUUUAACCCCGGAUCUUUUCAGCUUGGAAGUUCGAGAGCUGAUCACAGCCGUCGGUCAAAACAUCGGUAUCGAUCAGAAUGUGAUAGCCGACAUUGAUAUCGAUACAUUGGUCAAGACUGCGAUUCAAGUGAAAUUGGGAAGAUUGUCACGAGUUCCGCAAACUCAUAUGAUUGUUGAGGGAAUUUGGCCGCCUGAAUUGGUUCCGUUGUUUAUGAAGGUAGGCGUGGAAUUGCGGAGCAUCGUUGUAAAUAGUAUCCCUUUUGCAGGACGGACAAUUCCCACUGUUCGUCGAUUCGGAAGAUGAUCUUCGAGAUCUCAAACAACCUCCGCCACCCAAAAAGUUUUCGGUUCGAUUUGAAGAUGAAGAUGAAUAUUCGGAUGAUCAAGAAGAUCAGCGGAAACAUCAAGAAGAAGAUGAAUGUCCGACGGAAUCCGAAAUGGUCACAAAUUCCCGAAUUUCCAGCUGCAAGGAGGAGGAUUUUUAA